CUUUUAUAUUUGUUUAAAGUCGUUAUCUAAAAAACUGUUAACAAAAAAAAAACAGAAAUUUGAAGUAUAUUUUGCAAAGGAGUUUGUUUUGAAAGUCUGCAAACAAAAAUUUUUUUUUCGGCAUUCACAUAGAUUUUCUCGGUUAUUUUUGCGGUUAACAGACGUCAAAUUUCGGUAAUUUCACCACGCACGUGCUAAACUCACCUAGUACAUGUCAUUUGUUUUUUGCUCUGUCUUGUUCUUGAACGAAAAUUUUUUGCUUAAUCUUAAUAGCAGCGAUAUAAAGUGCGAGAUUUUGCAAAAUUUUCAAUUAAAACUGUGGUCAAAAACGUUUUGCAUUGCUGAGAAAUAUUUGUAAAUAUUGUAAAUUGAAUUUGUAAAUAAAAAUGGGAAAUGUGCUGGCCUCUUCAUCGAGCUCCAGUUCAACUCUGGAUGCCGCCAAAGUUAUAGUGCCGGAGCCAGCGAAGCCAGGAUUUCCUACCGCUGUUAGCAGUACAAAUGUUUCAGAAGACAAACUAGAAAAUCCAGGAACAGUUGAUGAAAUACAUAAAAAAUGUAAAGAUGUGCAAGCGUUAACGUUCGAAGGAGCGAGGAUAAUGUUAAAUAAAGGACUUAGUAAUCAUUUUCAAGUAUCCCAUACUUUAAAUAUGUCCAGCACGCAACCGAGUGGCUAUCGGUUUGGAGCUACCUACGUUGGAACAAAACAAUUUACACCUUCAGAAGCAUUUCCUGUCUUGUUGGGUGACAUUGAUCCUUCAGGAAAUCUUAACGCUAAUAUUAUACAUCAGUUUACGCCGCAAUUGCGCUGUAAAUUUGCGAUGCAGAUACAAGAAUCCAAAGUGCUGGCUUGUCAAGCAGCAGGUGAUUUUAAAGGCCAAGACUUCACAGCAUCUGUUACAUUAGGCAACCCUAAUAUUAUAAAUGGUUCAGGGGUAAUAGUGGCGCAUUAUUUACAAUCAAUAACAAAGAGAUUGGCGCUCGGUACUGAACUUGCAUACCAAUAUGGUGGAAAUGUACCUGGUGGACAAAUAGCUGUAGUUUCGGCUAUUGGACGCUACGCAACCGAAAAUUAUGUGUGGUCAGGCACAGCUGGUCCAGCUGGAGUGCAUAUAUGUUAUUAUCAAAAAGCUAGCGAUCAAUUGCAAAUUGGUGCUGAAGUCGAAACCAGUCCGCGAAUGCAAGAAUCAGUUGCAACAAUCGCUUACCAAGUCGACAUACCAAAAGCAGACUUAAUUUUUAGAGGUUCAUUUGAUUCAAAUUGGAAUGUUGCUGGAGUACUCGAGAAACGAUUGACCCCAUUGCCAUUUUCAUUCGCGCUCAGUGGGCGACUUAAUCAUACCAAAAAUCAAUUCAGACUUGGCUGCGGUCUAAUUAUAGGCUAAACACCAACACCACAGAUGCAAAACAAAUAUUUAAGAGAAUUUUUUAAAGACUACGCUAGAGAGUAUAUUUCCAAAUAAUUGUACUUGUGCCAUUAGGUUUAUCAUUUCAUUCUUCGCGGGAGCUUGCAAUAAGAUUAAAUUCUGCAUUACCAAUGAAAUGGUAUGCUUAAUGACACUGGUUUUGCAAUUGAUUUGGAAAUGUAGUUUAAGCGUAAACCAAACUAGUUCCAUAAUUCACUGACCUGUUUUGUUAGUUGCGUAUAAGUUAAGUUUCAAGUACACAUUUGAAAUAUUAGUUAAACCGUCAAGUAUUGCAUUUCCGCAAGGCUACGAUGUGAACAACCAAAACAAAUGAAAGCAUUUAACAACUUAACAACUUAGCCCAGUGCAGACGCGCCAAAUAUUCGUUUUGUUUCUUCAAAUUCUAAUUCAUUUGACCACUAAAAUAGUUAACAUUGCCUUUAAAUAUUUUUUAAAUUGUAAUUAAGUAAAAAACUUUAAAAAUGUGCAUUUUAUUUAAAAAAAAACUUCCUAGCAAAAUAAACGAUUUGGUAAAGUGUGCAAAAGUAA